UGAGAUCGAAAUCUUCAUUGGGACUUCGAUCUUCCCCUGAUCUAAAUGUCCAUUGACGUUAGAUCACCCAUCUCUACAACUCUGUGCGUGUGGUGUCAGGGUUUUUCUACACGGUGGUCAGGAUCUCCAUAGCUUCUCAUCUAAGGAAGCCGCUUUCGGUCUCGUGUUACUCAUCCGCUUGAUCUCUUCUGUCGGGUCUCGUCUGGAUCGACGUAAAAGGAAAAGGGAUUCUGUGUGAAGACGAUGACGAGCCUAUUCAGCUAGAGGAGGACGACGGGUCUCAUACCAUUCGGGUGUUCCGUAUGUCCCUGAUUGGCAAAGUUCUGAACUCUUAAGAAACAAAACGUCGAGAAGCUUAUCAACUCCAUGCCUACUCAAUGGGGUUUGCAAGAUAGAAUCGUGGCAAAUGACCUUGGUAAUGGAAAGUUCUUGCUAAAUUUUACAUCAGAAGAGGACAUUCAGUAUGUACUCAGUCAAGGACCUUUCCAUUAUAAUUUCUGUAUGUUUGUGCUGGUUCGUUGGGAGCCCGUUGUUCACGAUGAGUAUCCUUGGGUCAUCCCCUUCUGGGUUGAGAUCACAGGAAUACCUCUACAUUACUGAACGGUGAGGAAUCUAAAGAAUAUCAGAAAGAAGCUUGGGCAUGUUGAUACGAUUGAGCUAUCUGCCGGUCGGCUGCUGGUGGAGGUUGAUACAAGGAAACCAUUGAUCUUUAAUAAGAAGGUGCAGUCUCCAGGAGGCGAUGAGGUCACCAUACAACACUGCUCACAUUGUGGUUUCUUAACGCAUGAAGCUCCAAGCUGCCCUAAGAAGAUGGAAGAGCAACGAUUACAGGCUAAGGAGGCUGGGGUUUUCUCUCGGGUACAGCUUCCUUUUGAGCCAAACACUCGCCAAUCUUUGUUGGCGGAUAGAACAGAGCGUGAUCGCUAUCACAGUUGGAAUGAGCGAAAGACUGCUGUGCGCAAUGAUCGCAUACCUGAGAUUGUCAAACCAACGAGCUCUGAGAAUGCUUACAGGACGCGGGAUGAUAGGUACAUGCCUCGCUACGACAGCACAAGGGAUGGUCUGGUUCGCAGAUCAAGGGAUAAGAGAGGGCAUCAUUAUGUGUCUCGCUACAGUCGUCGGUACGCUCCGUAUGAGGUGAAGAAGACACAGACAUGGAGAGCAAAAGAUGCCAGGCCUGGGGUCUCCCAAAGAGAGCAGCGGCAUGGUGGUUCAAUGCAGUCGGGUGGCUACGAUGGCUCUAAUACUGAUGGUUUGCAGAUAAUGCAAUUCGAGCCAGAGUCAUCUGAGAUAGAAGAAACUUCUCAGAACAGUGGAAGGAUAAUUGCGAGUGCCAUUGUAACUCCAUCCCGUAUGCUCUCUAAUGAUGGAAACAUCACUUUCCGUGAUAGGGGUGAUCCUCGAGCCAUUACAUUCUCUCCUAAGGAGAAUGACGGUUAUAAGGAGGAUAUGGAAAGAGGCCAGAUAAUAGGUGCUUUGCAGGAUAUGGAGAUUGGUGAACCAGGCGGUUUGGUGGUGCUGAAUGAGAGGGAGGGUCUGAAUGAGCCAGCGGAUGAUUUUCUUGGGGAGGAGCUGGAGGAUAUGGAAGAAGAUACUGUCUCUCAACGCGCUUCGUCACGUUCUCAUAAUGGAGGGAAAGGUACCAAGAGCAAAGGUUCAAGCAAGGGGAGCUCACGUUCUUUGGUUCCACGUGGAAUGCCGAUGAGGAAAGUGGAGUUCUUUCGUCGAGGUUCUCCAAGAAAGCAUGGUGCCUCCUCUUUGGGGGACCCAGAAAACCACAAGCACAACCGUCAUAACAGUUCGAAGAAAGUAAGAACAAGUCCUCACAAUGCUAAUGAGUUGGAGGGGUCCAAAAAAACCCCAAAAGCUUAUCCAUGAAGACACUCAGUUGGAACUAUCGAGGGAUUGAGAACGACCUCACAGUUCGAUGCCUUACGGAGAUGUGUCAGAAACAUCACCCAGGAUUUGUGUUUCUUUCUGAGACGAAGAACAAAAGGCUGCUGUUGCAAAACAUUCAGGCCGGCUUAGGAUUUGAUCAUUUGUUUACUAUUGAGCCACUUGGACUCAGCGGAGGUUUAGCUUU